GCCAUGGCCGUAGUAGUGGACGACAAAUCCUAUCCCCUCAGCGUGACGCCUGAGUCGAGCAUUCUGCACACCGGUUCAGCACCCACUGCACAAAAGGGUUAUUAUUAUGCCAUGAUCAGUAAAAAAGAAACCGAUCAGCAGCAACAACAACAAAGAGACGUUAUUGAACAUGAACCAUUCGUCCGCCAACCAGCAGAUGCUGGCGAUACACCCAACGAAUUUUAUAAUCGCUCGAAAAACGCAUACGACAUCACAUCCAUUCCUCAAGUGCUCGACCCUUUGCCUUACAUUCAUCGGAUGCAAUCCAACCUUCACAGACCUGGGAAAAUCGCUACCGUUCAUAUCGUGGGUCCUCAGGAUGAGAUCGAUCGUAUGCACCGUAAAAGCAAAGACGACAUUCAAGUGAUGACCAAUGUAACUUACAUCAGCAUUGACGACGUUCAAACCUUCACGGGUGUUGAAUUCGAAAUCUCUGGUCGGUUCUCGCGUGAAGCUGCAAAAUCCUCCUACAAUCUGAAGAUUCCUAAAAAGCAGGAUCUCUAUGGUUACCGACGCCUCAAGCUCCGCUCAUUAGCGACAGAUCCAUCCUACAUUCGUGAAGAUUUGGGUUACAAGAUGCUAGCAGCUGCAGGUGUUACAACGACUUACUCAUCUUAUGUCAGACUAUUUAUCAACAGCGAGCCGAUCGGUCUGUUUGGUUUCAUUGAAAACUUCAAGAACCCAUGGUUACGAAAUGAAUUCAACGACGGCACCAAAAAAGGCUAUGACCAAGGCCACCUUUACCAGGGUAAAUUCACCAACGCCAAAGCCAAGAUUUUGGGAAACCGAGUAUCCGAUUUGAGUUACGAGGGAGAAGAAGAAUGGAAGUACAGUUUAGGCCAGUACAAGAUCAAGGAGGACCCAUCUGUCGGCGAACCGAGUUACAAGCCCUUGAUUGCUCUCACCAAGUUUAUCUCGGAAGCACCAACGACGAAUGCCACACAAGCAAUUAUUGAGUGGAAUAAGCAUUUUGAUAUGGAGAGUGUUCUUCGUGGAUUGGCUCUUGAAAUGGUAAUGGGUUUUGGAGAUGGCUACUUGGCAAUGGCCGACAACUUCUACCUCUACCAGGAGAGCUCGUCAUCGGAACGUUACAUUUUCAUCAUAUCCGACAUCGAUAUCAGCAUGGGCUCAAAUAACCUCAUUGCGCAAUCCAAAAUCACCACUGGUGACUGGCAUAAAUUCGCCGGAGACAUCACAAAGCGUCCGUUGAUGGCCAAGUUACUUGCUGUACCCGAAUUCGUACAGAGAUUCGAUGAGCUGAUCAAAGACCUCGGUGAUCGUCUGCUUGACCCCAAUAUGCUGAGCCGCACUAUUGAUGAAACCGUCGCAAUGAUUUCUGAAGACGUCGCUUGGGACAAGUCGUGCAAGCGCUUGAGUAAAGCUGCUAUUAUCAGCCAAGUCAACCUUGCAGUCUUUGCCAAGGCAUUCGGAUUAUUGAAAGGAUAUGCCGUCGAUGAUGAUACGGUCCAUGAUUUCCGUGACCGAUCUAAACGAGACGUCCCGUUCCAGAAAGCUAUCGAUGGUUCGACCGGACACAUUUCCCUAACAGGUGUCAAAGAAUUUAUUACUCAGAAAAACAAAGCUAUCGCUGACUACUAUAAUAGUACUCAAGCAUCAUAA